UCCAAUUCAGGCUUCCUUUAAUCUCUUUGAGGAUGAUUUUUCUUAGCUUGAUAAAUGUUGUGGAUUUAGUCUUUAAUGGUAAUGACAAAAAGAGCUAAAAGUCCCAAAAACAGAAAUGAACCAAACAAACAAGCAAGUAAGAGAAACAAAAAAUGGAGUGGAGAUAAGUAAAAUGAAAGAAAACUUUUGAAAAUCAGUUGUAUAUCGGGCAUGUUAUGUACAUUAUUCUAUGCAGUUCUUGAAAUAAGUGCAUUAGAUAGGUAGUAUAUCACCCUCAUUUUACAGAUGAGACACAUACUUAACAAGCAGCCCAAGGUGAUGUCCCUUGUCUUGGGUUAGGCAGACAAGGAUUCUAACUAAAAUCCAUCUGACUCCCAAACUCAGGUUCUUUACAUCACACAUAGAGACUCUUGUUUUUACUGAACAAUGUUUGUUAACACAUCACUUAAGGAGAGUCUUCUAGAAUUUUGGUCAUUUUGAUGUGUAUUAAAUUUCACUCAAAAUAAAGCACACUUAAGAUCAUCAGAAAAUGAUUGAGCUAUAGAGGCAGAUGAACUGGUGCCAGCUGCAGAACUGACAAUGGUAAUAGGUUUGGUCAUAGGCACUUUGGGCUUGAUAGGGGAGCUUAAUUUUGUAGUAGGAAUCAUAGGUUUUAUAGUUGUGGUAGAUUUAGUGGCAGAUGUAACAGGUUUAGAAGUGGUGGUAGAUUUGGUGAAAGAUGUAGGAGGCUUAGAGGUAGUGGUAGACUUGGUGGUGAAGGUAGCAGGCUUAGAAAUGGUAUUUGGUGGCAGAGGUGAUAGGCAUAAAAGUAAUGGUAGAUUUGGUGGUAGAGAUAGCAGGCUUAGAGGUGGUGGUGGAUUUGGUGGCAGAGGUACCAGGUUUGGAGGUUGUGGUAGAUUUGGUGGUGAAGGUAGCAGGCUUAGAAAUGGUGAUAGAUUUGGUGGUGGAGGUAGCAGGCUUAGAAGUAAUGGUAGAUUUGGUGAUGGAGGUAACAGGCUUAGAGGUGAUGGUAGAUUUGGCAAUAAAGGUAGUAGGCUUAGAAAUGGUGGUAGAUUUGGUGGCAGGUGUAGUAGGCUUAAAAUUGAUGGUAGAUUUGGUGGCGAAGAUAGCAGGCUUAGAAGUGGUGGUAGAUUUGGUGGUAGAGCUAACAGGUUUAGAAGUGGUGGUAGAUUUGGUAGUGGAGGUAGUAGGUUUAGAGUUGGUGGUAGAUUUGGUGGUGGAAGUGGUAGGCUUUGGUGGUGGAGGUAGCAGACUUAGAGGUAGUGGUAGAUUUGGUGGUGGAUGUAGCUGGCUUAGAAAUGGUGGUAGAUGUGAUGGCAGAGGUGGUAGGCUUAGAAGUAAGGGUAGUAUUGGUGGUGAAGGCAGCAGGCUUAGAAGUGGUGGUAGAUUUGGUGAUGGAAGAAGCAGGUUUAGAGAUAGUGGCAGAUUUGGUGAUGAAGGUAGCAGGCUUAGAGGUGGUGGUAGAUUUGGUGAUAGAGGUGUCAGACUUAGAAGUGGUGGUAGAUUUCAUGGUAGAUGUAGCAAGCUUAGAUGUGGUGGUAGAUUUGGUGGUAAAGGUAGCAGGCUUAGAGAUGGUUGUAAAUUUUGUGGUGGAUGUAGUAGGCUUAGAAUUGGUGGUAGAUUUGGUGGUGGAGGUAGCAGGCUUAGAGGUGGUGGUAGAUUUGGUGUUGGAGGUAGCAGGCUUAGAAGUAAUGGUAGAUUUGUUGUUGGAGGUAGCAGAUUUAGAUAUGGUGUUAGAUUUGAUGAUGAAGGUAGCAGGCUUAGAGGUGGUGGUAGAUUUCCUGAUAAAGGUAGCAGGCUUAGAUAUUUUGGUAGAUUUGGUGGUGAAGGUAUCAGGCUUAGAGGUGGUGGUAGAUUUGCUGGUGGAUGUAGCAGGCUUAGAAGUGGUGGUAGAUUUGCUGGCAGAGGUUGUAGGCUUAGAAGUAAGUGUAGAUUUGGUGGUGAAGGCAGCAGGCUUAGAGGUAGUGGUAGAUUUGGUGGUAGAGGUAGCAGGUGUAGAAUUGGUGGUAUAUUUGGUGGUAGAGGUAGAAGGCUUAGAAAUAGUGGUAGAUUUGGUGGUGGAAGUCUCAGGCUUAGAUGUGGUGGUAGAUUUGGUGACGGAGGUGGCAGGUUUGUAUGUGAUGGUAGAUUUGGUUGCAGAGGUGGCAGGCUUAGAAGUAAGGGUAGAUUUGGUGGUGGAGGUUGCAGACUUAGAGAUGGUGGUACAUUUGGUGGUGGAGGUAGAAUACUUAGAGGUGGUGGUAGAUUUGGUGAUGGGGUUUACAAUGGUUGUUUUGGUAGCUGUUGUAGUGGUAGCUGUGGUAGGUUUACUAAUGGUGGAUGAUUUGGUGGUAGGAACGUUUUCAGCAGUGGAGAAUUUAGGGUUGUUAACCACAGGUUUGGUGGAAACUGGGUUUUACGGCUGUAGCUAUAAGAUUAAAAAUUGGGGAAGAUUUGGUUAUAGAGGUCACCAGGCUUGUGAUGGACUUUCUGCUCAUCGAUGCAGAUUUAAUGUUUGUAGAUGCUUUGGUGGUCAAUAA